UUUGAUUUUGUUUUCCCUUUUAUAAUUAAUGCUAUUUAUUUGAUUUUUUAUUCUGCAACUUUUUUUUUUUUGGAGUGGCAGAAAGGCAAUUUUCUUUUUGAGUUAUUAGUCGUAAGUAAGGUCAAAUAGAUUGAAUUCCUUUAUGAAUUUAAAAUUUAGGUUAUAUAUUAUUUGUUAUGUGAAAAAAGAAAUAUAUAUUUCUGGGGCUCUUUGGUUUCUGUGUACACUGAGAUGAUAAAAUGUUGGGAUAUUCGGCCCCUUGGUGCCCGCCUUGUAAGCAGAGAUUUCAUGGGAAGUAGUGGGAUCAACCAAAACAUUGUUGGUUUUGGUAUAGGGGUAGCUAUUCGAUGACGCCAGGCACAAAUUUAUUGAACUAUACAAGGGAGGGAAGAGAUAUCAUUUAACUGAAAGAUGGGUGAAUGUCAAGUUUAUGAACUGAUUGGUUCAAUUUGUUGUUAUUCAUAAUGGAUUUUAUGGUUUUUUAAAAUAGCACAUUAGCAUCAGUAGCCUUUGUCGAUGAUCACCUGCUAGAAUUAUUAAUAUAAGGGUGAUUUUCAUUUGCAAGUUCAAAAUUUCUCGAGGAAUUCCUUCCUGGGGUUAAAAAAAAAGGUCUGGGAGGUUGGUUUUGGAGGAGUAAUGCCCCUCUCUUUAUCCUUUUCCGUCAAUUAAAAUCUUCCCAACAGGAUGAACAUACUACUCUCUUUCCAUUCCCAUCCUUUUUACUUUGAUCCAACAGUACCAGUGAAUGCAGUGUUCAUAAAUUUCUCUUCAUAUUUAAACUUAAAAAGCAAGAUAUUGCAGGUUCGGUUUAUUACUGGUGGCCAAUGAUUGAGAGAAGUAGGAGAGAAGGAGAUUAAAAAAAGAGAAAGUAAUAAGAAAAAAGAUAGAAAAAUGAACACAGAAACAAUAAAAAAAAUGAUGCCUUAUUCGGUCAUCAUGGUUGGUUGAUAUCUGUAUCUUUAGUUAAAGCAACGUUUGGUCUAUAUUUAAGACCUUUAUCUUCCAUUGAAAAGGAAAAUGCAUGCUCAUGCUUCCUUCAAAAACUUAUUUUUGAACCUACUGUUGGGAGGUAUGAAUAGCAUAAAAGUUAAGUCUGGCUGUUUGUUAUGCUUUCAAUCUGGCUUGGAUAUGAUUGUAAAAUUUCUCUGCGUGAUGGGUUGUUCGGGUUUUAACAGUUUGUUCAUGACAAAGAGAAAAAGCAAGAAGUUUAAAAGUCAAGGGCUACCAAAAGAUCACCCUAAUUUGAAUGUGAAGAUAAAGAAGAGAUAUAUAAAGAACAAAAAGAAGAAAUGUGGGAAAAAAACAGCUUCUACUUGUAAUAGUGGUUCUUCACCUGGGUCCGUACAAGACAUUGUUGUUGCUCCAAAUGCUGCAAUCACAACUUCCUCUGCUUGUGCUCUUCCUACUACUGGCAAUCAGGGUGUACCAGAAAAGAGGAAAGUAAAACAAAGUGGAGAAAAAGUUUUUGGAUUUAUUUUUAUGUGUAAUAUAAAAACAAAGCCUGAAUGCUAUCAACACCGUGUUUUUGGAUUACCUGCUGGAAAAUUGGAAGUUGUAAAGAAAAUCAAACCUGGAACCAAGCUUUUCUUAUUUGACUUUGACUUGAAGCUACUCUAUGGAAUAUAUGAGGCAACAUCUAAAGGAGAGUUGGACUUGGAACCAACUGCAUUCAAUGGGAAAUUUCCUGCACAGGUGAGGUUCAAGAUUUUUAAAGAUUGUUUACCAAUUCAUGAGAGUGCUUUCAGAAAUGCUAUUAAGGACAACUAUAAGGGUUAUAAGUUUAAUCAAGAGCUGAGUAAGGAACAGGUGAAAACUUUAAUUUCGUUGUUUCCCCCUAUUAAUGUGCAAUCAUGUGCUGCUGCUGCACCUACUGUCCCGAAUGUGGCACCACCUCACUCAUUCUCAGGUCAUUCUCAGCGGCCAGAAAACUCAUAUUUAUUAGGUGUUCAUCAUUUGGAAGCCCUUGUUACUAGAUCUGUGCAGGUAAAUCCACACUUACUGCAUGAACCGUAUGAACCAGAAAUACCCAUGGCACAUGUACAGUCCUCAAUCAAAACUGUGGGUAACAGUCAGCAGGCCAUUCUUCGACAUCCUGCUGAUCCACAUCAUUUGACAGAAGCACAUAAGGUUUACUUGCCUGAUAAACCCCCCUCAUCUGCUUAUGACCUAUAUCAAAGGUAUGGAGCUGUGCUGGAGGCAAUGCAGAGGGAAGUUUCUGGACAUGGAAGCAAGUACUAUACAUUACAACAGCCAAUUGCAAGAGAAAUUGCUUCACAACCAGAAAAAGUAGCUAGCCACUACAGUCAAAACCUGCCUCCUGCAACACCAUACCAGUCCUCUCAAAAACCUGCUAUAAUACCAUCCUAUGCAGUUGAACUGUCUUCUGGUGCGGCUUAUUAUGCUGUGCCAACCACUGAAGGUAUGAGCCAAGUAUAUGCUGAUCCUCUUCAAAGGCUUCUUCCUGGAAGCGCAAGCUUGGUUAAGGCUAACGUUUCAGUCUCUUCCCGUUACUCUUUUAUUGGAGCUGCUCCAACUUACCGCUGAGAUGGUCUUGAAAGGGGAAAUUCUAAUGCAGCUGGUAUGUAAUCCUCUCCUGCUUAACAUCAUCUUUUGGCUGUCAACAAGCUUUUCUUUUCUACCCUCAGAUUCAAGAGCUACUUUAGGCAAGAACUGGAAUGUGAAACAAUAAUUUUAUAAAGAGUAACUUUUAAGUGGUUAUCUAUGUUAGAUUUGUGGAAGUGGAACCUGCCUUAGCCAUUCGUGCUUCAUCUUUUGAAUUGGGGGCUUUUGUCGUGGCAACUGUGCGUUAAGAAUUAGGGCUUUACUCUGUAAAUAUAGUUGUCUUUUCAACAUUCUAUUUGGUCUCUGUGACUGUUUGCCUCUGGCAUUUUAAGCCAUAAGCACUGAGGUAUCUGUAAAUAUACUCGAGAACCUUUUUCUCAUUGUCAAGCUUGAAGUUUAGAUUAGGAUAUCAAGUGUUUCAUCUUCUUAUCUAUUUACCGAAAACUUCUAUCAAAUGUGAAGUUCAACACACACAUUAUGCAUUACAAUUCGUGUAUGUGGGAGAUCUCUACAUAAGAGAUACAAUACAGAGAAACAUGUUGAGAUGGAUAUGGAUCAUAGUAAUAAUUUGAU